UGGGAGAGCGGAAAGAACGCAUGGCUUUUGGGAAUCGGAGAUGAAUGAAGCUAAAGAUUUUUAGCAUAUGUUUUCUGUUUUUCAUAAGCUUCUAAAUUUAUAUUCCGGCAUUUCUUUGAUUUUAAAAUAAUUUUUUAAAUGGUAGCAGACAUUUAAAUAUGAAUCAAAGAUAGAACUAAAUUGACGACGUUCAAGAAAUGAAUAUUUCUAAUUCUCUGACUUUAUUUAUAUUCAUUAUAGGUGGUGUGUUUGCACAGUCAGAAGUUUGCAAUCCAUUUGAAUGCUUCAAUGUUUUAGACACACUAUUUCAGUAUAAUUAUGUGGAAGAGCCAUGCCAAAAAGUGACCAAAUUAGAAAAAUGUGCAAAAGCGUGUUCUCAGAACUCCAUGGACAGCAUUAUCAUAAGAGGAAUAGAAGAAAUGAAAAAAGAUGUGUGUGAAAAGGAUCAUUCAUUUCAAUUGGCCUAUAAAUGUGAGAACAAACAUAAAUACCUGCUCUUUGCUUGUAUUUAUGAAAAUCUUCAUUUAGAAGCUUCGGAGCAUGAUGUCAAUCAAAGUCUCUUAAUGUGCAGGCAAGCCAGCGAAGGUCAGCACUGUGAUAUACAGAGCUUGUCUUUAUGUACAAGUCGAGAACAUUAUUUGUCUGAAGUAAUUCUGGAAAGUUUUUUCAGGCCUAUGGAAAAAAAGCAUUGUCGAUUUGCAAUUAACACAAUUUUUGAUCUAAAAUUGAAGCCCUUGUCAUAUAUGGAAGACUAUAAGAAACUUGCUGAGUGUCUGGAUAAAAGUAGUCCUCAUGUGUCUGAAUGCAUACCUAAAAAAUGGGUUACCUCUAAUGCUGUAAUAAAUGCUCAGUUUGAAACUAAAUUAUGCAGGGCUGGUAACUCUUUUCUAUCCUGUGUGCAAGAUAUCAUUCACAACAAAUGUGGUGAACUGGAUGAUACUUUUGCUACCAUUGGUCAGUCACUAUAUAAAACUUACUUACCUCAUUGUUCGAAGCUUACUCAGGUCUCUUCUGCAUUUAAAAAUUCAGAAGUGUCUGAUAAAUAUUUAAAUGAGGUUCAUGAUAUUUUUACCACAGAUACACCAAAAAAUACUUCAGAAGUAGUUGUAGUGCAUCAGCAUGUUGUUAUAAAUCUCAAUUAUCAUGAGAAUGAGACCAAUACUGCUACAGUGAACAGGGUUUUGAAUGCUUUCAUUAUAAUAUUAUUUAUUAGUCAUUGUUAUUUUAAAAUGUUAUGUAAUUAACUCACACGGUUGGUGAAUUUUACAAGUUCCUAGUUUGUUUGUUUUUUUGUGUGUGUAUUUUUACUCAAAUUUGUGUUUUUAUUUUUCUUAUCCUCACUAGGGUUGCAUUUAUUUAUUGUGUUUUCCAUAGAUCUUAGGUUGUUCAUGUAUUUGGCACUUAUAACAAAGGGAGGUCCUUUGUUGCUUACAAAAAAUGCAUUUUAAAUGUGCAUUAUUAAAUAUUUUUCAAAAUUGGCCUCAGUAUUUAUUUGGAAAAAUAUUC